AUUUUCCUUGGCUUUUCGGUAACUCCAGUUCCGACUUCCGAGAGGCAAAAAGGAGGGCGAAGUCGGGAAAGCGAUCCCCUCUCUCUCCUCGUUUAUCGUCCGGUCGAAAGGCCCUCGAGAGCUAAUUGGAUCUCAUGGCCGCGAGCGAAAUCGGCAGCGGUGGCACCGAUCCCCCCUAAAUGCUUCGCAAGAUCUCCGCUCUAUCCACCCUUCCCUCCCAAUUUCUCUACCGUGAUCAAGAUAUCUGAAUUCGGAUUGCCGGAGCCUCAGAUCCAAAUUCAAGGGACGCCACCUAGGGUUUUUUCUUCGGUUCCCUCUUCGGGAUCUAGUUUUUUCUUCUUGCAGCUCGACGUGAAGGUACGUAAAACUAGAAUUUCCACUCUUUGUUGUUUCGUCUAAUCAAUCUCAUCGGCAUCGCGUAAAUCUAGGGUUUCUUGAUUAUGUUCGAGUUUGAUCUUAUCAAUUCUUAGAUUUCCAGCUGCUAAUACUCUGUUUAUAGUUAAAACUUUCCUUUUUUUUAUAGUAUCUAUUUCAGCUAUCAUUUCCAAAAACCAAGGCCUGAUGUUUAUUUCCGACAAGAACAAAAUUCACGGUUUAUUUUCGACAAGAACAAGAUCCAGGGUUCUCCUUUCUCUCUUCUUUGAAUUGUUUUCAAUUAUUAAGUGUUCUCCUCCCUGUUUUGUAGGUUAGCAGUCACCUUUGUAAAGAAUUCUUAAGUAACAGGAUGUCUUGUUCCUCAAAACCCUGUCUUACGAAUUCUCUAGCCAUGUUCUUGCUUUAGGUUUUCACCACCCCAAUACUGCAACCAUGUGGAAGCAGUUCAUCAGUAAACUGCCCCGUAAAUCUUCAAAAUACGACAAUGGCUCGAAUUCCCCACCGAACAAUGCCGGCAACAAUGCUGCUGCCUGUGGGAAUCCAGUCGAACGGACUGCCAGUGGGAACGGUCUGCCUGAUGGAGCUGCUUCUCUGAAACGAUUGGCUUCAGCAGAGUUCCCAUCAAGUGUGGUUGCUGGUAUUGAGCCUCUAAUUUCAUUUAAAGAUGUUCCAAACUUGGAGAAGCAGAAUGUUUUCCUCAGCAAGUUGAACCUUUGCUGCAUUAUUUUUGACUUCUCCGAUCCAAACAAGGACUCCAUGGGGAAAGAUUUGAAACGCCAGACCUUAAUAGAGCUUGUCGACUAUGUAAGCACCGAUGCUCCUCGGUUCACUGAUCAGAUGAUUGCUUCAAGCUGUAGAAUGUUUGCCAUUAAUUUGUUUAGGGUUUUUCCUCCAAAUCAUCGAGCUAACUCGUUAGGUGGCGAGGCAGAAGAAGAACUGGUGUUUGAUCCAGCAUGGUCUCAUUUGCAGAUCGUCUAUGAUUUGCUGCUUAAAGUUAUUACAUCCUCCUCCCUCGAUGCAAAGAUUGGGAAGAAAUAUGUAGAUCAAUCAUUCGUUCUGAGUUUGCUCAACCUUUUUGAUUCUGAGGAUCCAAGAGAAAGGGAAUGCUUGAAAACAAUCUUGCACAGGAUCUAUGGGAAGUUCAUGGUUCACCGGCCCUUCAUCCGCAAAUCAGUGAGCAAUAUCUUCUACCGGUUUGUAUUUGAAACAGAGCGGCAUAAUGGGAUUGCUGAGUUACUGGAGGUUUUUGGGAGUGUAAUUAGUGGGUUUGCUUUGCCCCUGAAGGAGGAACACAAGAUCUUUUUGUGCAGGGUUCUGAUUCCUCUACAUAAACCAAAAAAAGUAGGUGUUUAUAUUCAGCAGCUGACAUACUGCAUUAGUCAGUUUGUAGAGAAAGAGCCAAAGUUGGCAAGUUCUGUGAUCAGGGGUUUGCUGAAAUACUGGCCUGUGACGAACAGUCAGAAGGAAGUGAUGUUCUUGGGUGAGUUGGAAGAGGUCCUAGAAGCAACAAAUAUGGUGGAAUUUCAGAAAUGCAUGGUUCCAUUGUUCCGGCGGAUUGGGUUUUGCCUCAAUAGCUCUCAUUUCCAGCUAUCCAUCUGUAUCCAAAGAAAGAGGUACGCAUUGCCUUUUGCUUAUUGCUGUUGGAAAAAAAAUGUUUCAGGUUGCCGAGCGGGCCCUGUUCUUGUGGAACAAUGAUCACUUGAUGAAUCUGAUUGCACAGAAUCGGCAAGUAAUUCUGCCCCUUAUUUACCCAGCUUUAGAAAGGAAUGCUCGGUGUCACUGGAACCAAUCUGUUCUGAAUGUAACCAUGAACAUAAGAAAGAUGUUCUCUGAAAUGGAUGGGGAUCUGUUUUUGGCUUGCCAAAGGAAGUUCCAAGAGGAGGAAGAGAAGCGUGUGGUACUGGAGGAGAGGCGAAGGCUUAUCUGGGAGCGUCUUGAAACUGCUGCUACAUUCCAACCGGUCACCAGAAACACAGCUGUCUUGGUAACACCUGUUACGGUUCCUCUCGUAGCUGCUACCCUCACAUAAUUGGGAGUUUUCUCCGCCUUGUUACCUCUAAUUUGCUUGGUGAGAGGCGUGGAAGCCACCAACCUCACAUAGUUGGGGUUCAUCUCCACCUCAAUACCACUAUUUUGGUUGGUAAGAAAUGUGGUUUGCUCCACCAGUGUGUUAUGGAACGCCUUUGGAUGCCUUGUUAAGCUUCCUUUAUUGAAUUAUUGCUGUUGUUAGGCCAGGGAAGCUAUGUUUUCUCAAAUUAUUUUUUGCGGCCAUUAUCUGUACCAUGUGUAUUAUUCUGCGAGAAUAUAUUACAGUGCCAAACUUGUUUCUUGUCCCCUCUUGAAGAUGAGGUUGAUUGACAGAAUCCGGUACGGGAUUCAUGUAUUGUCGGUUAUUCCUGCUACUAUUUUUUGUGCUUAGUUCGAUCAGUUGAUAGAGUGAGCUUGUCAAAUGAUUUCAUCCAGUUUCUCCUCGUUUGUGGGCUGCAAGCUAGCAGGGACACAUUCUUCUUUUUGGGAACGAAGGUGGCCAAAAUCGAGUUGAGGGCAGGGAUUGAACUCUAGUCAUUUGCAUCCAACUAUUAGCAAGUUCCUCAACGCAAGUGGUUGGCACGUGCGGGGGUGCAGAUUUAUAUAUUUUAUUAUCGCCAUAAUUCAAGCCUGUAGACUACUGUAAACAAAUCUCAGUUAUGGAUGUUAUCAUGUUAUAAAUUAAUGUAAUACAUAAAUACUAGCAUGACUGUGAGUAUGUCUUAUUUUUUGAAAUAAAAAAGGAAAAAAU